AUGCGGUCAAGCACAAAACUGCUGUGCCAGGGAAAGACCAGGCUGAUUGAACCCAACUGCCCUGGAGUCAUCAAUCCUGCAGAAUGCAAAAUUGGUAUCAUGCCUGUUCAUAUUCACAAGGAAGGAAGAAUUGGUAUUGUGUCUAGAUCUGACACUCUGACUUACGAAGCUUUUCACCAAACAGGACCGGGGCAGAUUCUGUGUGAAGGCAUCGGAGGGGAGUCAUUUAAUGGAACAGAUUUUAUUGAUUGCUUUGAAAUCUUUUUGAAUGACCCAGCCACAGAAGGUAUCAUAUUGAUUGGUGAAAUUGAUGGUAAUGCCGAAGAAAAUGCUACAGAAUUUCUGAAGAAGCAUAAUUCAGGUCCCAAAACCAAGCCUAUUGUUUCUUUCAUUGCUGGUUUGAUGGUUCCUCCUGGCCAGACGAUGGGCUAUGCAGGGCCUAUUAUUGCUGGAGAAAAAGGAGGAGCCAAGGAGAAGAUCUCUGCCCUCCAGAGUGCCAACGUCAUUGUCAGCAUGUCUCCGGCACAGCUGGGGACCAUCAUCUACAAGGAAUUUGAGAAGCAGAAACUAUUAAUUUUAAAUAUAUAA